AUGUACUCAAGAAACCAAUUUCAGAUGCAGAAAUCAAACUUUGCAGUAGAUUGCGCGCCCUGUCCUCAGGAGUUCUGCUCCAACGAGAGGAGGGAUGAGUGCGUUCCGAAGACAAUAAAGUCCCUGACCUAUUACAAGCCGAUGGGCAUAGCUUUGACCGUUGUGUCUCUGCUGGGGGCCUCGCUGUCGCUGGCCACCAUGCUCAUCUUCAUCUACUACGGACACAUUCCGGCGAUCAAGGCCAGUAACUCCGAACUGAGCAUCUUCUUGCUGUUUUCUCUCUUUUUGUGCUUUCUUUGCCCCCUCGCAUUCAUUGGCAGACCCACGGCGUGGUGUGUGUGCAUGCCGCGCCAUACAGCGUUCCGAGUGACAUUCGCUCUCUGCAUCUCUUCCGUCUCGGGUAAGCCGAUUGUGGUGGACAGCAAGUUAGCCGGAAAGUUUGGGCUGGCGCAGCAGCGGGUCAUAGUGUGCUCCUGCACUCUGGUGCAAAUUCUAUUAUGCGUGCUUUGGCUCAAAUUAAACGCACCCUUUCUAGCUGUGGUUUUCAGAUACAGCAAUAAGAUCAUUUUAGAAAGCAACACCAGCUCUGAAGCUGCGUUCUCUGCAGUGCCAGGCUUUCUUUCAAUUAUAUGUUUAGUUCUGGCAUUUCUAGCAAGUAAGCUGCCUGAGAACUUUAACGAGGCCAAAUUGAUCUCAUUUAGCAUGUUGAUAUUCUGCGCAGUCUGGAUCACCUUUAUUCCAGCGUAUGUCAGCUCCCCUGGCAAGUUUACUGUGGCUGUGGAGAUAUUUGCCAUUUUGUCGUCAGCCUUUAGUUUACCAUUCAGCAUUUUUGCACCUAAAUGUUACAUAAUACUAAUAAAGUCUGAAAAGAAUACCAAAAAGCAUGUCAUGGGGAAAAUGUUUAAUACAGGUCCGUGA